AUGGUCAUAGGGUUUCUGCAGAUAGGAAGGGACUUACACCAGAAAGAUGAUGAUUCAUUGGAUCAAGCGGAGCCAAGAAUAGUAAGCGAUGAAGAUAAAAACUCCUUGUUAUAUUACCAGCCAGUAAUAAAUGAAAACUUUAUAACUGCGCCUGAUUCAGUUUUGAUGAAUCAAGAUUUUCGGAGAGAAAAAAGGCAAAUUGGUUCAAGUGAUACACAGAUGAUGAUUGGGACAUUUCAAGCUAUUGUAAGACCAAUGACUGCGAGCAAUCCGCUGGGAGGUUUAACUUCAAACAACGCUGAAAUAGUGCCUGAAGAGAAGAAAGAAGAUCAAAAUCACAUGCAUUCAAAGUGGCUUGCUGUUCCACAUUGUACAAUUUCAGGAUUCAGGGCUUGGUCCCUCCAAAUAUGCAGAAUAAUGGGGUUCGCUCCACUGACCUUCGAAAGAGAAGGUUCAGGCUGGACCAUGCGAGUCUCGGGAUCUUCAUAUUUAUAUAGCUUAUUUCUGAUCACCGCAUUAAACAUAACGGGAAUAAUAACUAUAUAUAUGGACAUAACGUUCCCUGAACGAGCGAUCCUUUUAAAUUCCUCGACAAAGGCAAUCAUUUGGAGCAUAAACUUCUCCGUCGCAGCUUUUGCUAUUACCAUUAGUGCCAUAAAAGCACCAACUACUAUGAAAGCUAUGAUUGGCUUUAUGAAUCGUGUACAAAAGAUUAAUUUGCAAAUCAACAAUAACUUUAUUUGGAUAGAAAGAAGAUGCAUUGUAGUCAUGCUUAUAAUUCUUAUCUUAGCGAUAAUGCUAUCUGCUUACGACUGCUAUUCAUUACUUAUGCUGGUUCGAGGCGACUAUAGAAAAACUAUUAUUGGUUUUCUUUACAUAAGCCACUACUGGUUUUACUUGAGUCCAGCCUUCAUUAUAUUGCAAUUCGGACUAAAUGUCCUUUCUUUACAAACUGCUCUUAAAACUAUUAAUGACCAUCUGGAAAGCUUGUGCCAUAGAAAUAUUAAUAAAGGGUUCCAUAGCAUUCAAGAUAGAUUAACAAAAUCGACACAUGAUAUUUUAUUUCACAUCGUUGUGCCUAUAAAAUCAGUGAAUAUCGAGAUUGAUCAAUUGACUAAUAACACAGAUGUUUCAUUGCCGACAAAAACGUCUGUUCAUGAUACAAUUCGGUCUCUGACACUGAAGUUCUUGGAUAUCUGUGAUUUAAUAGAGGAAGUUAACAAAUACUUCGGAGGCAUAGUGUUGAUGGUACUUGCAACCAACCUUAUUCAGUUGGUCAUCACGUGGUACUACACAUUUAUAGCCAUAUUCACGAAGCCCCAAAUAACGAUGCAAAUAGCGUGGUGCUUGAAACAACUGGCCACUCUGCUGUUGUUGACGGAACCGUGCCACUGGACACAACAGGAAUUGGGUCGCGCUCGUCUUCUGAUCAGCCAUUUGAGCUCCGAAAGAGCCAUAGUCAUUGGACCUAUGGUAGCUGAAUUGAGAAAGUUUUCCUCCUGCCUCAGACUGACCAAAGCUACGUAUUCACCGUUAGGAAUUUGUACUCUGGCAAGACCAGUUUGCGUUUCAGUCAUAGGUUCUGUUAUAACUUAUUUAGUCAUACUUAUUCAGUUCAACACCGAUAUUCGCAAGAAAUAAGCUAAGUACUUUAUUGCAAUUGACGGCAAAUAAAUACCAUAUUAAAUAAAAAAUAAAAUAUUUUUAUAAUAAUGUAAUUUUAUGGAAUUGUGACCUCUUCCAGGCGACAUUUUCGUUUUUUCU